AUGUGGGAUUUUGUAGAUGGAGGAUUGAGGGACGUAGAUAUUGAGAUGGAAAUACAGAAAAUUACAGUGACAGGCUGCGGUUUAGAGGAAAGGAAGGUGUCAAAGGCAAUUAAAAGGGCAGGAAAAACAGCAGAGCCAUGGCCAUAUCCAUAUCCAGGGUACUCAUAUGUUGCUGAUCAUUAUGACACCUGGAGAGAUGCAGAUGAUCAAAGUAUAAAUACCUUUGUUCAAACUCCUGCUGCUGAUUACUCACUUCCUGUGGUUUCCCUAUUCAGUGAUGAUAAUCCACACGCAUGCGCCAUUAUGUGA